UCUGUUUUUUUAGACAAAAUUUUAGUCUUUUAUUAAAUUUUAUAAGUUCAUUGUCGGACUUACAGUUUUUCUGCUUCUUGAAGAUAAAUUUAUAUAAAGUUUAAAGAUGUGUGGUAUUUUUGCUUACGUUAACCAUUGCACCCCUCGCCCAAGAAAACAUAUCCUACAGACAUUGGUCAAUGGAUUGAAAAGAUUGGAAUACAGAGGAUAUGAUUCUGCAGGUCUUGCCGUAGAUGGUGGGAGUAAUGCGACCCCGACUAUUGACACAAAGAAUAAUAACAAUCCCUCAGCGCAUAUUGUUAUGAUCAAGCAGAAAGGAAAAGUGAAAAACCUUGAUGAGAAGAUUUACAAAAAUCAAGAACUAGAUUUUGAAGUUGAGUUUGGAACUCACGUUGGUAUUGCUCACACACGUUGGGCAACUCAUGGUGUUCCCAAUGCUGUCAACAACCCUCAGAGAUCUGACAAGGAUAACGAAUUUGUCGUCGUGCACAAUGGAAUAAUGACGAACUAUAAGACAAUCAAGACAUUGCUGGAGGGACACGGUUACGAAUUUGAGUCCGAAACCGAUACAGAAGUCGUCGCGAAACUCAUCAAAUAUCUUUGGGAUAACAAAGAAAAUGAUGAUGUCAGCUUUAGUACCCUGGUAGAAAGGGUGAUUCAGCAAAUUGAAGGAGCGUUUGCGUUUGUGUUCAAGAGCAGACAUUACCCAGGACAGUGUAUUGCUACAAGGCGAGGUAGUCCUCUUCUCAUUGGGAUUCGAAGUGAAUCAAAAAUAACGACAGACUCCAUUCCUAUUUACUACAGCAGUGCAAUGAAACCGACAUUGGAAAGAACAGAAAGCAGAUCCGAAGUCGUAACUCAAGAUGCAGAAGGAGGAAUUGAGUUUUAUUUUGCUUCAGAUGCAAGUGCAAUCAUUGAGCAUACAAACAGAGUCAUUUAUUUGGAAGAUGAUGAUGUGGCAGCAGUGGUAAAAGGAGGUCUUUCUAUUCACCGUAUAAAACGUGGAAAUGUGAAUGAGAGUGGCGCGCGAGUAAUCACUUCAUUGCAGAUGGAAAUGGCUCAAAUCAUGAAAGGAGAAUUCAGCUCUUUCAUGCAAAAGGAAAUCUUUGAGCAGCCAGAAUCUGUCGUAAACACCAUGAGAGGACGAGUAUUGUGGGAUGAGAGGCGCAUCCAUCUUGGAGGAUUAGCCGACCAUAUUACAGAGAUAAGACGAUGCAGAAGAAUUAUUAUCAUUGCUUGCGGGACCAGCUAUCAUUCUGCUAUUGCUACUCGUCAACUUCUUGAAGAAUUGACAGAACUUCCGGUCAUGGUUGAAUUGGCAAGUGAUUUCCUUGACAGAAGCACUCCUAUAUUCAGAGAUGACGUCUGCUUUUUCAUCAGCCAAUCUGGGGAGACAGCAGACACUCUAAUGGCAUUACAAUACUGCAAGAACCACGGUGCAUUGACUGUUGGCGUUACAAAUACCGUUGGCAGCACAAUUUCACGCAUGACUGACUGUGGUGUUCAUAUCAAUGCUGGACCUGAGAUUGGAGUGGCUUCUACAAAGGCAUACACCAGUCAAUUUGUUGCCUUGGUGAUGUUCGCCAUGAUGAUGUGUGAGGAUCGUUACUCCAAACGACAGAGAUACGACGAGAUAUUCGAUGCUCUGAAAGCGUUACCUGAUUUGAUCAAAGAAGUUCUGUCUCUUGACCAAGAAAUCGUGAAUCUGUCUGAGCAACUGCACAAGCACAAGUCAUUAUUGGUGAUGGGUAGAGGAUAUAAUUUUGCUACGUGCUUAGAAGGGGCUUUGAAAAUCAAAGAGAUCACAUACAUGCACAGCGAAGGAAUUAUGGCCGGGGAGUUAAAGCAUGGACCCCUUGCAUUGGUUGACAGUGAUAUGCCGGUACUGAUGAUUAUCGUCAAGGAUCAAGUCUUUGGGAAAUGCCAGAACGCUUUACAGCAAGUGGUUGCAAGACAUGGUCGACCAAUCAUAAUCUGUGACAAGGAAGACCAAGAGUCGCCAAAGUGUGCUUCCCAUGUUUUAAGAAUACCUCAAACGGUAGAUUGCUUGCAAGGAAUAUUAACAGUCAUUCCUCUGCAGCUGCUUUCAUAUCAUAUGGCGGUUAUGAAGGGCCUUGAUGUCGACUUCCCCAGAAACUUGGCCAAAUCUGUUACAGUUGAGUGAAUAAGAAAUAUGAAGCAAAUGAAUAAAAAACGUACAAUUUUAUAUUUUUGAAGCUCCUUGCGAAACAUCUGCUCCGAGACUUGUAGAAAACGUGCAGCAGAUUUAGUAAAACGCUCUUAUACAUAAGAUGCAGUCUUGUUGUUUUUCUCAUAUUUUAUAUAUAAAUAGAAAUAUAUUCUUACGUUUAUUUUAUCCAGUGUACAAUUUAGAUUAAUACUGACCCCUUACAUUACCCCGUGGGCCUUAUUCGGUAACCACCAUUCUGGAAAAGCCCAGUUCAUGCAAAAGUGCACACUCAUUUUUUCUGCAUGGGAUAUAUUUUUGAUCAAUUCUGUUUUCUAUAUUCUUGUGCAGUAAUUCCCAGCUUUUUAAUGCAUUCCUAUUUCUGCUUAUUACUUUAGGCUGUUUCUUUUAUACCCCAAAUAAAAGAGAUAUUAAAAGUGUGCACGUUCAGAAAUUUAUAUUCCAUUUCAUACAGAAGUGCUCACUUCAUCAAAAACAAACUUUUAAUUUUUCUGUGUGGGAUGUAUUUUCAUGAUUUGUACUUGCCAGACUUCGGGCAGAAUAUUUCUAGAGUAUUGAGCUAUACUUAUCAUUCGUAUGCGACAAGAUUAUUCCGCAAAUAUUUGUGACCAAAUUAUAUACCUAUAUAUUAAAUGUUGCUGCUCAUG